AAGUGACCACCUCAAGGAUUGAACUCACAACCCUGCAUUUAGCAGGCCCAUGCUCAAACCACUGAGCUAUUCCCUCCAAUUUUUGUACCAUGCGCAAAUGUUAAUCUAAUGGCCUGGGGGUUCCAACCCCUAGAGUCUAGACAAAUAAUUCAUGCUCCAGGCUAUGGUUUGCACAUUCCACCAGGUGACUGCAAAGCAGCAGCAGCAGCAGCAGCAGCAAUGGGAUUUCAGGGAAGGCACCUGCCCUUCACUGAGCAGCCUGUCAGCCACAGUGGAAAACAGAUUUGCACUUUCAGAAGUACCCUGAGGGUGGCUGUAAGUCCUGUUGAAGUUAACAGUAGUCUUUCCAUUGACUUUAAUGGCAGUUAGAUUAUAUCUUUUACAAGUACACAUGGAGCUGAGAAGAGAUACAGCAUCCCACCAAACUUUGGCUUGGAGUAGGCACUGUUGGUAAAGUACCUUGGGACCUGACACCACGUUUGAAAGUAUGCCAUCAGAGAUACUACUGAAGAUAUUUUCUUAUUUGGAUGCUGUAUCCCUGUUGUGUAUCGGUUGUGUGAAUAAACGCUUCUAUCAUCUGGCCAAUGACAAUGUGAUCUGGUUCAAAAUUUACUCCAGUUUUUUUCCACCUAAAAGAACAAAUUGGAAAACUAACUCUGUUGAAAGAACAGCUGUCUUACUAAGCCAUGCUACAAUUCAGGACAGAGAAUCAGGAUAUUGGAAGAACGAAUAUAUCAUGAAACAAACAGCAACUGGCAAAACUAGAAUAAUGCAGCUUCUGAAACCUAUAAACCCUUCCACUGGCCUUCCACUUAAAACCAAAGAAGCUAUCAAAACAUAUAGUUUGAGAUGGGUGAUUGUACUGAAGGACAGAAACGGAAAGGAACAUGUAAUGGAGCAAGUGGACAUCUCUUAUAAUGACACAUCUAUUACUAUAUUUUGGUAUGGUACAAACUGGCCAUGUUUAGACACCUUAUCAACUCUGGAAUUAUGUGGCAUGACACCAUUGCUUCUUGACCAAUGUAAAGUUCCCACCAAGAAUGGACCUCGGCGACGUUCCUUAAUUGCUGAAUUCAACCUUACUAACCUCACUAAAGUGACAACAAUGAUUGGCUCUGACAUGCUUGUGCAACUUUUCCGUUUGAACCCAGGACUCCUGAUGGGUCUCUGGAAGAAAGGAAAUGGAAUUGCUUUUGUUAUGGCGAGUCUUCAUCAUCAUCAACUUAUUGAGAGAAGCACUUUGGGCUCUGCCACUAAACAAUAUAUCCUGCCCCCUCAUAAACCUAUACUGGAUGAUGUUGACCCAGAAUAUGGACUGCAUGGCUACCAACUACAUAUUGAUAUGCACAGCGGAGGACAUACUUACAUGUGUGGUACAUUUCGCAAUCUGUUCUGCAGAAAAGAUUACAUUCGAAAUGGAUACUUGAGGCUUACAGUUAUAAGUUUAAAAAAUAAUUCACAACAUUUGCCUCUUGCUGGGAAAGUUGGCAUCUUCUGGAGAACUGAUGUGUUUGAAGGCAAUGUACAGAACUGUUACAUGAUGGAUGUGACCCUCUUGGAUGAAACUGAAAAACCCUUCUGGUGUUUCAGUGCCCCAGUCUACAUGAAACUUUCUUCCAGGGCAUCCUGCCUUUAUGACUAUAUGGGCCACAACUAUGACUUAAACUAUAUGGAUUCAGAGGGUAAAGUCCACGUUGAGCUGGUUUGGAUAGAAGAAUCCAAGGAAUACUAUAUAGUCAAUCUGGUUCUUUAUCUAAGGACUGAAAAAGUUAACCGCUGGUUUGGAACAAAAUACUGAUUCUAAUAAUUUGAGCAGUUACUUUCCCUGCUGGUAUUUAGUUGAUUUUUUGGAAGGGGUGGGGAUUAAGGUUGAAAUGAACCCCACAAUCCAGGUGCUACAAGUUGUUUUGUGCUUUAUUUACUGAAAACUAGGAAGUGUAGUCACUUAUUUAUUUAUAUUAUUGUUCUCACUUUUGUUAUUGGGGAGAGAAGUGAAACAUAAAAAGUAAUAGCUUUCCUGUGAAGCACCAUGAUGUGCUCUCUCUGUUGCAAGUACUGGGCACGAUAUGGGUAAAAAGAUCAUUGUCACUCAAUACAAUCUUAUCUGGCAUAGUCAGAUAUGUAAUGCUGCUUCUGAAACAGCUAUUGUAAAUAUGACUCUGUUCUCUCUCCAUAUUUGUAUGUUCUACACUGUUUCUAAGAACUUAAAAAAUACCUUGAAAAACUCUACUCCGUGAAGUCUGAAGUAACAAAACAAUGCCAAAGUGUUGUUGAGUGAGCUUCUAGAUAAUUGUCCUUUAGAUAAUUAUGAGAAACUAUUGCUAAAUGAGCAAACUUAUGCAGAUGAAGUAUUUUUAAUCAUAAUUUGUAAUCUAAAAUUCACUGUGGUAGGGGCUUUAAAAUUUUAGAUUGAAAGGCACAGGGAUGACCAAUGUGAGGAAGAAGGCUUUUGCCAAGGGAAAGACUUCUAUAGACCCUUUUCUUAAAAGUUGACUGUUAAAGCUGCUGUUGGGUCAGCGGGAAAAAUGCUGUUGUUUUAAUUUGGUUGCAUGGAUUGUGGUCCAUGUCUGAAAACAUUGAAGCCUUUAGUUAGGAACUGAAAGUGAUAUGUUGGCCCCUAAAUAAGAGGUCUGAUUUUUUCCCCAGAGGAGCUGAGCGUCAUCAGCUCCUAUUGACAUAGUUAAGAUUCAGUUAUUUAAGUAGAAAUGAUGGAUACCGAAAAUAUGACUUUUAGUAUCUAUCUGUAGGACUUGUUUGAAAAUUGUGUUUUAUAUGUUUACUCUUUCAGGCUACUUGGUUGUACCUUUUGGAGUCCAAUCCUGUAUGUCUUAUUUGAAAUCCAUUGGGAGUUUUGCCUGAGGGAGAUACAUGGCACUGGCACAAUUGUGUCUUUUUAGUAAUGUGGAUAACGUUAAUGUGUAGUUUAUUACAAAUAGAUAAAUUUUGUGUUUUUUCCAAGUACUUCCUAUUACAGAUAAGGUUGUCCGACCAUAAUUACUUGUUUGUUGUCUUCUGUGAUUUGUUUUUAAUUGUAACAAAAAUGAUUUAUUUUAAUGUGUGUUUAUUUACCUCCAGUCUCUAUAUUAACUUGCAUAUAUGAGCCACAUAUUUAAACAGUCCCUGAGUUUAAGUAUCUGUCCUUUGUACUACAGAUAUAUUGAUUCUUUUUGUUAAUUUAAUUUUUAAACUUGUUUACUGUUUUCUUUGAAUUCAAAGAUACUAAGUAAAGAAAAUAGAAAAGCUGGUCUGGUUCAGCAUAUGUUUACAGUUUGACAUCUGUGUAACCUUGCCUAAUCAAUAAACAAAA